UCUUACUACCGAAAGUGAGUGCAGUAAAAAAUAAGUUGAUCAUAUUGUCAGCCGAUCGUAUCGAGAUGCAGCACCCACCUACAGAUCAUAAUAUCGGUAGUAAAAUAGUUUUUAUUGUGUUUUUGUGUUGCGCCAAUUCAAAGUUAGUGUCAUGCACUACAGUUAGUGAAAUAGGCAACAGUUCAACUAGUUCUUCAAUAAUGAAUAUUCCAGAGCAAGACACAAUAACUUCCACAGCAUCCACCACAGAGUACAGAAACGCAACAUUACAAUUAGCACAAACAUCUGAUAUUUCUAGUACAAAUCUUACUGCAGUACCAAAUAAAGAAUCUGAAAAUUCAACAGAUGUUAAUUCAGAUUGCCCCAACAUAACAACAUUCAAAAAUCUUGAUAAAUAUACGCAAGAAGAAUUAGUUCAUUUACUCACGGACCCUUGUAGAUAUGAUAGAUUGGUUAAGCCCCCAACUGAUCAUCUGGAAGUGUUUUUCAGAUUCGACAUGACCCAUAUUGAAACUGCAGAGCAAUUGGAGUUCAAAACUCACAUUUUAAUCCAACAGAGAUAUACGGACACCAGAUUGAGCUACUCCGCUUUAUCCCCUAAAAGAGAAGUUAUAAAAGGCGAGGACGAUUUGAAAAAUAAAAUAUGGAUACCUCAUUUGAUUUUAACAAGCGAAAAACAAUCGACACUAAUGGGAUUGAACGACAAAGAUAUUUUCAUACAAAUUAGUCCAAAUGGAGAAGUUAUAUACGCUUACAGAUUGAGCGUGUUAUUUUUCUGUUGGAUGAAUUUGAAAAAAUUUCCGUUCGAUAUUCAAGUUUGCGAUCUGACAUGGGUCAGUUGGGUAUAUAACGCAGACGACCUAAUACUAAAGUGGGAACCUAAUAGUCCCUUCAGUAUAGAAUCGAAUCUGCAUUUGACGGAAUUUGUAAUAGAAAAAGAAUGGAUAGAAACAGAUAUUAUGCCAGACCGUUUCUAUCAAGGAGGUCAAGGAAAAAGUGCUAAUUAUAGUGCUGUGAUAUUUAAAUUUCAGCUUGCUAGAGAAGUUGGUUAUUAUAUGAUGGAUUACUUUUUACCUUCCAUAUUGCUAGUCUGUACAUCAUGGGUAACAUUUUGGUUGCAAGCAGACGCAUCUCCUCCAAGAGUUGUUUUAGGUACCUCCACUAUGCUAACUUUCAUCACAUUAAAUUCGGGACUGGGAAAAACUUUACCGAAAGUGUCAUACAUAAAAGCAAAUGAAAUAUGGUUCUUGGGUUGUAUUAGCUUCAUAUUCUUUUCACUCGCUGAAUUUGCUUUUGUAAAUGUCAUAUGGAGAAGAAAGAAAAAAGUUGAGUUGAUAAAAGCCAACAGUACACACAUUUUGAAAGGUGCUUUAACCCCUAGCCUGGCAAGGAAAGAAGUAAGAAAAGCAAAUUCCAUGAACAACCUCCAUAAAGCAAGGUCCUGUACUAGUUUGGAUAAGGAAAUAAGUGACAAAAACACUCAAUUAAAUUAUUUAACUGUUCAUAGUUUGGGUGCAGGUAUGGUCCCUACUAUAACCCAUAGUAGCAGCGAUCUUAUAAAUAACGAUGAAAACGUUACGACUGUUCCAAUUCCUGAAGCAAUUAAUACUAAUCAUGUUCCUUUCCAUACAAUGACGCCACAAGAAGUAGCCAUUUGGAUUGAUAAGAAAUCUAGAAUCGUAUUUCCAGUAGCAUUUAUUAUAUUUAAUAUAUUGUAUUGGUCUUUUGUCUAUGCAUUAUAAUAUCAUUGUUAUUAUUGUAUUAUAAAAUUUUUAAAAUAUAGUCGAUCAUAUUGAACGUUAAAA